AGCUGACGCAAACCACGUGCACGCCCCCGAUUGGGAGCUGCGCACUCGAACGUUGAGCCAGCUGCAUCAAGAUUCAAGGCCAGUGUCUCCUGUCUCCUCUGAUCUUGUUAUAGCCGUCUCUACCUCUCUGCAAUGGCGGCUCAUCUGCUGCUCUCCGUGUCUCUCCUCCUGAGCUCACUCUCCGGGGCCGUGUCCACGACGUUCACUUUGACGAACUCCUGCGGCUACACAGUGUGGCCGGGUCUGCUGUCGAGCGCGGGCUCGUCGCCGCUCUCCACGACGGGCUUCGAGCUGGCGCCGGGGGAGUCGCGCUCCGUGGACGCGCCCGCGGCGUGGUCGGGCCGCAUCUGGGGCCGCACGCUCUGCGGCGCAGACCCGGGGUCCGGCCGCUUCUCAUGCGCCACAGCCGAUUGCGGGUCCGGGGCGGUGGAGUGCGGCGGCGGCGGCGCCGCCCCGCCCACCACGCUUGCGGAGUUCACGCUGAACGGCGCCUGCGGGAACGACUUCUACGACGUGAGCCUCGUGGACGGGUCCAACCUGCCGGUGGUGGUGGUGCCGCAGGGCGGUGCCGGCGCGGCGUGCGGCGCGACGGGGUGCCUGGUGGACCUGAACGGGCCGUGCCCGGCCGACCUGAAGGUGGUGGGCGCCGGCGGCGCCGGCAUCGCGUGCAAGAGCGCGUGCGAGGCGUACGGGCGGCCCCAGGACUGCUGCAGCGGCGACAACGGCACCCCCGCGACGUGCCAGCCGUCGGCCAGCUCGCAGUUCUUCAAGAACGCGUGCCCGCGCGCCUACAGCUACGCCUACGAUGACGCCACCUCCACCUUCACCUGCACGUCCGGCACCGCCACCUACCUCAUCACGUUCUGCCCUAGCAUCUCCAGCCUCAAGUCGUCCGUGAGCAGCAGCACGAACCCGCCGCCGUCCGGCUCCCUGCCCCUGAUCAACGACACGGUCUCCUUGGCCGGGCGGGGCGACGGGUACUCCUCGUCCUCGUACCCCUACGCGUCCGCGUCGCCGGCGGCCCCGUGCCCCCUCGCGCUCGCGACCGCCGCCGCCGCCGCGCUCACGUGGCUCCUCGCCGCCCCGCGCCACCAACUGCGGUUGUAGAGCGAGCGGCCGAGCCAGAGCGUCCCACGCGCCACGGGGCAUGGGCCACGGCUCCCCGUGGCGCGCGGUCGCUGCCGACCCCCCGCGUCCGCGCGCGCCGCCCGUGCGGUGCCCCUCUCCCAGCCAGGGAGGCAGGCACGGCAGGGAGGCCUCGUGGAGCCGCGUGGCGCUUUGACAUCGGGCCGUAGCGCACUAAUUGUAUAGGCUAAAAUUAUUGUGGAUCGAGGAGCAGUAGUAUGAUUCUGCAAGGGGAAGCAAGACGAUUUGUUUAAUUAGGAUGGGGGCAUUAAACCCUCAAUAUCGAGGACUGAGAUUGCAGCAACCAACUUGCAUCAACUGAUUCGUUUUU